UUUAUAUUUGUCAUCUGAUAAAUAUUUGGGGCCAUGAUAAUGUAUGUGUACACCAAAAAAUAUAGAUUUUUUUUUUAAAAAAAACUAGUAAUUAAAUAAUAAAUAAAUAAAAAUGCGUGGAUCAUUUCCGCUUGUGUUUAACCUGUCCACUGCGCUGAAGAGGCACCUGCGACUCCGCGAGUGCGACUGCGAUGUGCGAUCUGCAAUCGUCGUUCACGCGCUCGGUAGGCGCGUCCGACCCUCUCGCCCUAAAGAGCAGCUCUUCGGAGAUUUCAAAGCUGCGGUAACUUUUACUAUUUCCCUUGGAAGAUGGAAUGUUUCAGUUGUUGAUGGCUGCAGUUAGAUUUUAGGUGUGGGGAGUCAUGCAAUUGCAAUCUCAUGCUGUAUGCGCCUCAAACAGUAGGAAUCUCAGUCAUGUAGGGUUUCUCGCGGGUUGCUGUUGUCUGAGACUCCCGCCGUCGCGCGUGUCGUCUGAGAGCGCCUCCGGUUAUGUCGAGCACAAGUUGUUUGAAUCACGGGUUCCAAGUCAUGGCUUUCGCGCGCCGCGUCGAGCUCUUCGAGUUUGCGCCAUGGAUGAUGAUUUUGGUGCUUCAUUUGGUGAUUGGGGAAAUGAUGAUAGACCUGUUGAAUAUAUGUAUUCAUCAAGCGAAGGUGAUGACAGCGACGGGGAUCUUUUUUUGCAACCGAUAACUGAUGUUGAUCUUCCCACCUCAAAAGAGCGGUUGCUGCCGUCUGAUGACUCCAUAACUGUGACUGCGCAUAGGCUUGCAACGCUUGGCAACACGAGAAGGAGAAGAAAGACCGUUUAUGGAAUUUGGAACAAUGUUGGACUUAUGUCGUUCUCAACUUUCCUUCUUUUGCUUGUGGAUCAGUGUGCGUGGCGGAUUGUUAGAUUGCCUCUCGCACCAUUCUACUUGAUGCGGCCUUUCCUGAUAUCUGCAAUUUUAGUAUCUUGUGUUGGCUAUAUCUGUGUCCCAUUGUUCCGCAUGUUGAACUUACGGUCCAGAGUUAGGAAAGGGGCACCUGCUCAACACUCUUUAAAGAAAGGAACCCCUUCAAUGGGUGGAUUGUAUUUUGUACCGAUUGGCCUACUUGUUGCUGAAGUUGUACUUAAAUUUUCAUCAGUUGAAGUUUCUGCAGCAGCAGCAGUAACUAUAGCAUUCGCUGCAAUUGGUCUAUUAGAUGAUUUUUUGAGCAUCAGCAAUAAAAGUGAUGGCUUAUCUGGUUGGAUUAGAAUUUUGUUGGAGGCGGCUACUGGAAUGUGGUUCUCCUAUUGGUUGUGGACAACAGACAUAUCAACACCCUACAACAUGAAAACGGUUGUUCCUCUACCUGGACCUUUGGGCCUUGUUUGCCUUGGGAAAUUCUAUCCAGUCUUGAGUUCAUUCUGUUUCGUUUCCAUGGCAAAUGGUGUUAAUUUGACUGAUGGACUUGAUGGGCUGGCUGCGGGGACUGCUGCAUUAGCAUUCAUUGGGAUGUCAAUUGUGGUUCUUCCUAUAUGUUCUGUGGUUGCCACUUGCCACCCAUAUCAGAUCUUUCAGUAUUUGGAGCAUCGAUGGCUGGAGCAUGUGUUGGUUUUCUUUUCCAAAACCAGCACAAGGCAUCUAUAUUCAUGGGCGACACAGGAGCUUUGGCUUUGGGUGGGGCUCUUGCUGCAAUGGCUUCUUGCACUGGAAUGUUCUUCCCGUUGUUCAUUUCAUCAGGGAUAUACGUUGUGGAAGCACUUUCAGUUAUCAUACAGGUAUCCUUCUUCAAGGCGACCAAAUAUUUUCUGCAAAGGGGAUUCAGAAUUUUUCGAAUGGCGCCCUUUCAUCACCACCUCGAGUUAUGUGGAGUUAGAGAGCCAGUAGUUGUUGGCGGCGCAUAUUUUGUUGCAUGUCUGCUGAUCUUAUGUGCAGCGUACGUCGGCCUUACUUCAGCAUGAGCAGCUAGUCGUAGAUGGUGCUGACUAGUUUUGGAUGAAGUGCCAUUUUUUUCUUGAGCAGAAAAUAGAUGAAGUGAAGGAACUCAUGUACAGCAAAACCAACCAAUUUUGAUAUCUAGCCACUGGUUUUCUUCUAUAAUGACACUUACUUUACUGUUUUU